AUGGUCGGUGUCACCCUCCUCGCCCUCCUCAGCUUCUUCGCCAAAGAUGCCUGCGCGGUGCCAAAGAACAGAGGCGGAGGAAGCGGUAGUGUAAAGGCUCAAACACUUCAGCAGCAGGCGGCAGCGAUCCCUCAAGGGAUAUCUCAGGCGACAGAUGGAUCUACUAUCAUGGACACGAAUGCGACGGUCAAUGGCCUCAACCUCCGCUUCAGGAUCAGCGCUCCCGCAGACCAGUUCGCAACGACGACCGGCAUCCAAGGCGCAACCCAGCAGGCCGGAGCCCAAGGCGCAAUGGGCCUGAACGUCCUCCUCCACGGCGACGGAGGCCAGUCCUUUUUCGAUUUCCCCAACCAGGCCGUCCAGGCAGGGCUGAUGGGCGUCGUCAUCCUCGCGCCCUCGGAGCAGCUCCUCUGGGGCCAGUCGACAGGCCAGCCGCAGGGCCUCGAGCGGCCGGACGGCGUCGCGCACUCGCAGGCCGUCAACGAUCUCGUGCAGCAGGUUCUCCCGCAGAUGGUCGCGUUCAACUCGUCCAACGUCUUCUUCACGGGCGUGUCGGGCGGCUCGCUCACGCUGUCUGGCUUCUUCGUGCCCGCGCACAUGGCCAGCUUCGCAGGGACGGGCGUGCUGCUCAUGUGUGGUGGCCUGGCCCCGCAGGUCGAAUUUGUGAACGCGAGCCAGGUAGUCUCGACCACCAAGAUCCAUUUCCAGUCCUCACAGGACGACCUGGCCGAGCUGCAGCAGUCCAUCCCCCAGUCGAUCAGCGCGUUUGAGCAGCUCGCCACCGACGCGGGCCUCAGCGCCCAGCAGGUGGGUGCCCUCCAGACCGCAGACAACACGCCCAAUGGAGGUCACUGCGAGUUUGAUGGCGCAGGCUUCUCCAGCGGCAUCCAAUUGGUCUCCAACAGCUUUGCGUCCAUCAUGCAAGGUGGAAAUGGGACGGUACCGGGAAUUCCUACGGAUACAGUCUUGAAGUCGGUAGUAGGACAGACGUUGACGUUCUCAGGGAGCGGAACAUAG